GCCACUUUCUCUCUUCUCGCGCUCUUCCUCCUCGAGCGAGAAAGGGAAACACAAAACACAAAAUACACACACAAACAACAAAAAAUCCACCAAUCUCCAUUUCCAAUUUCCACCAAGGACCACACACCCAAUCCUAAUCUGCAUUUCUCUGCCCCAAACCCUAGCCUCCUCCCCUCUACCCAUUUCUCAAUUUCCUCUAACCAUCGAUCGCCUACGCCCAAUCCCCAAAAUUCCGCCUUUGGCACCGCCGCAGAUGAACUUCCCUCCGCCAUCGGUUUCGAUUUAGGGUUCGGGCUUGUUCGAUGCUAUCUCUCUCCCCUGACAACCCCAUCGCCGGUUCGCUUAGGCAGGGUUAGGGCAAUUAGGCAAAUGGAAGGGUCGGGUGGCAAUCUUGACUCGUUUAGAGCUUCUCCGGGAAGCAGUAGUAAUAGGAGAUAUGGGGUGUUAUCGGCUUCCAAUAUCAUUCGGGCGCCAAUUUCUACCUUAUUGGAGUACUCGGGUAUUCUCCGCGGCCGCUCUAGUCACCAAGAAGCUGAGUCUUUGAUUAACGGGCGUAGCGCUGCUGCGUUCCGGGAUCACCAUCUUAGUCAGCUAGACCAAUUACCAACGACAAGCAAUGAUGGGGAGGUUUCUAUUAGGAUAAUUGGUGCAGGGGAACAGGAGCAUGAUAGGGAAGGACCUGGGAUAGUAUCUGGACGGCUGAGGGAAGUUACUGUACCGCCAAAUGAUGUUUCUGCACCCCCAAUGGCUGGGGUGGCUUCUGUAGCAUUGGGAACGGAGGAUGUGGGUCAGACAGAUGGCAGAACAGAUCGUACUACGGGAGAGGGCAGUCCCCAAUUGUUAAAUGGAACUGCUGAUGUAGAAGGAGGUGAUGGAACUGGGGCUAAUGGCAGGGAUUCUUCUUACCAGAGAUAUGAUAUUCAGCAGGCUGCUAGGGGUAUUGAACAAGUCCUGCCCUUUUCCUUGCUUCUAUUGGUGGUCUUCAUCCGCCAGCAUUUGCAAGGUUUCUUUGUUACAAUUUGGAUUGCUGCUGUUAUGUUCAAGUCAAAUGAUAUAUUAAGGAAACAGACAGCUUUGAAGGGAGAGAGGAAAAUCACGGUUCUAAUGGGCAUCUCCCUUGCAUUCGCAUCGCAUGUGGUUGGUGUUUACUGGUGGUUCCAGAAUGACGAUCUUUUGUACCCAUUAAUUAUGCUUCCUCCUAAAGUUAUACCACCCUUCUGGCAUGCUGUUUUCAUCAUCAUGGUGAAUGACACCUUGGUCCGUCAGGCAGCAAUGGUGCUGAAGUGUUCUAUAUUAAUGUACUACAAAAACAGUAGAGGCCGAAACUAUCGUAAGCAGGGUCAAAUGCUUACUCUGGUUGAGUAUCUACUGCUCUUGUACCGGGCCUUGUUGCCAACACCAGUGUGGUACCGGUUCUUCUUGAACAAAGAAUAUGGGAGUCUCUUUUCGUCACUAAUGACAGGGUUAUAUUUGACUUUCAAGCUCACAUCUGUUGUCGAGAAGGUGCAAUCCUUCUUUGCUGCACUGAAGGCAUUGUCACGAAAAGAGGUGCACUAUGGGGCAUAUGCAACUUCAGAACAGGUCAAUGCAGCAGGCGAUCUAUGUGCUAUUUGCCAAGAGAAGAUGCAUGCUCCUAUCCUACUUCGAUGUAAACACAUCUUUUGCGAGGACUGUGUAUCAGAGUGGUUUGAGAGGGAACGGACGUGUCCGUUGUGCAGAGCUCUGGUAAAACCUGCAGAUCUAAGAUCAUUCGGCGAUGGAUCAACGAGUUUGUUUUUCCAGCUGUUCUAAAGCCGUCCACUGUAAAGAAAAAAAACAGAGAGUUUUUCUGUUUUGGAGUUCCAAUUCAUAUCCAAAGCAGCCAUCUCCCAAAUCCAGAUCCUCAUAACCAUACACUGGUAUAUUCGAUUUGUCAUUUUUGCUCCGCCUUGUUAACGGGUUUGCCUCCGCAAAAAACUUAUACGUUGUAUCGAGAAAAGGUCAAAUGUAUGUAAUGCUCCGAUUUAAGCAACAGAGAAGUUAUUUUGAUAACACACCAUAUAUACAUGUUUAUUUGCCGUGGAUCA